UUCUCGUGAGAAUCGAGGAAGCAAGAACAGGUGAAGUCACGCUUGAGAGUAGCUCCAGUAAGAAGAUAUUAGAGCUAAGAAAUCUAAGUGUAUUUGACGAUUUAUUUUCUUGCUGUGAGUGUUUUGUUUACCCUUCUGUCUAUGUCGAUAGACUGUGGUUUUGUUUAGCGUUUUAGUUUUUGAGUUACUGAGGAGAUUCGCGGAGAUACAGUUUGCUUUUGAAGAUCACGCAUCCAGCGCGUGGUCAACGACAUUGGAUGGCGAGCCACCCGAGGAAGGAGCAACGUUGAACUGUGUUUGUACGUCGAAAGAAACAUCUUUUCUCCUAUUCGAGGAGAGCGGACAUCGUAGUGAGGGGCCGGGUGCUUCAGCCUUUCCCUUCCUUUCCCUGCCGAGAAUCAAUCACCAACUGCGAUGGAUACCUACGUACUUUUUUUGAGAGAAAAGAGGGUCACAGUGAGACCAGAGGACCUCAAGACCGAAAAAAUAGCUGUCAUCUUUCAAGUGCAGAAGGACACUAUUUAUUUAACAGAUGACCACAACAUCGCCAUCUUCCCAGAGGAGAACGGGCACUUCAUCUCUGUGGAUCUGGUGGACCGGGGCCACUACGAGGUGCAUGGGGAUGCCUCGGCAUCAGCAGCAGCAGCACCACCACCACCACCUGCAACAGCAACAGCAGCAGCAGCGGACCAACUUCCACGUUUUGCUUUUCAGCGGCCUGUUGCCAGUGCUGUCGCGAGAACAAAGGCAUUUCAAAGGAAUAUUUACAUCGGUGAGGUGAUGGAGGGGAGGCUGCAGACCAGCAAAACUGUGACAGUCAGAUUCUCAGAGUUUGAGGCUAAUGUGCCAUCCAUCUUGGGGAAGGUUGUGGAGGCACUUGGCGACGCGGAGGAAAUUAUCCUCAGAGAUGGCCAGGGGGACGCCAUUCUUGACUCCGAGGGCACCAGAGGAUCCAACUUCUGGAAGCAGAAUUCUAGGAAGAUUUUUGCUGUUCCUGAGAUUCAGCUGGGACAGCUUGGCAAAAGGAGGCGGCUAAGUCGUAGAGAAGACACUGGUCUUCAAGACGUGGUGGCCGAGAUAGAGGAGGUGAUCGAGGCAGCCCAGGGCCUGAAGGAGGUCACCAAGAGCAUCAAGGAGGUAACAGAAGGGACUGGCAAAGCAACUCUACUGUGCCUACAAGAGGGAGAAGUGAAUGCCCUGAAGACUGUCUUUGGCUGCCUUGUGUGCACAGGUCCUGUGGAAAAACCCAUUUUUUCAUCUUGCUGCAGAAGCAUCAUCGGAUGCAGGUCGUGCAUUCAACAGUGGGAACACAGCCACGACUACUGCCCGAAGUGUCGGUGUCAAGACAGGGAGACAAAUGAAGUGGCUGGGUUGGACGAGGCCCUGGCAGUGCUGAGGAAGCUUUUUUUAAAUAAAUAAAUAAUUCAAAACGAUGUUGAUUUUAA